AUGCGGCUAUUGACUCUAUGGAGUCUCGUUUCUCUCUCCCUCUUAACAUAUCUUCCCCAGUACUCCCUGGCGUCUGUCCUCGCGAUCGACUACGGCAAUGACUUUAUCAAGGCGUCUCUAAUGAAACCCGGUGUUCCCUUCGACGUGAUAUUGAACAAGGAUUCUAAGAGGAAGAUUAGCUCUGUAGUUGCGUGGAAGAAGGGCGACAGGCUGUUUGGACAGGACGCUUUCAACCUAGCUUCCAGAUUCCCAUCGGACACCUUUUCGUCGUUGAAACUGCUUCAAGCGUCGCCGUUUGACGCCCCUGUCGUUUCGUACUAUGGCAAGGUCUCCACUUCCGACGUCGUCGAGUCCGACCGCAAGACCGUCUCUCUCGUCCAAUCCGAUGGCACAGAAUGGGCCGUCGAAGAGCUCGUCGCGAUGGAGUUUGCGUACAUCAAGCACCUCGCCGAGCUUGUCGCCAACGAAAAGGUCUCCGACGUCAUCGUCACCGUGCCCCCUUAUUUCUCUCAAUUCGAACGUGACGCCAUCGCAGACGCUAUUGAGAUUUCUGGCCUCAGAACGCUUGCCCUCAUCAACGACGGCACAGCGGUUGCUGUGAACUAUGCGAUGACGCGGACAUUCUCCACACCCGAGUACCACAUCAUCUACGACGCCGGCGCUUCAGGGAUCAGGGCCACAGUAGCCUCGUUCACCACAGCAUCCGACCCGAAGACUGGUGCUUCCGGAACGCACAUCGCUGUUGCGGGAGUUGGGUAUGACCGCGACCUUGGAGGAAUUGAACUCGACAGGCGCAUGCGUGAGAUUCUCAUCGAGGCCUUCAACACCAAACACAGAAGGAAUAUUCGAGAGGACAAACGUGGCAUGGCCAAGCUUUGGAAAGAAGCUCAGCGAGUAAAAGCUAUACUGAGCGCCAAUACCGAGGUCAUUUCGAACAUCGAAAGCUUGGCCUGGGAUAUCGAUUUCAAAACCAAAGUCACCCGUGCACAGUUCGAGGCUGCUUGUGAAGAUCUCAAGGGAGAGUUCGCCAAGCCCAUUGAGAGCGCUUUGAAGAACGCUGGUUUGACUCUGGACAACAUAACUUCCGUCAUUUUGAUGGGAGGAUCGACGAGGACGCCCAUGAUUCAAGCUGCUCUCAAAGCUGCUGUUGGAGAGGACAAGAUUGCCACCAACGUUAAUACCGACGAAGCCGCUGUUCUUGGCGCUGCCCUUCACGGUGCCAGUCUUUCCAGGCAAUUCAAGACAAAGAACAUCAAAGUCAGCGACAUUGGCGUGCACGAUGUCCAAGUCUCGUAUUUCGCCGCUCCGACGUCAUCAAACACACGCCCACGUAGCAUCACCACCCUGAUCUUCCCCGCUGGCUCAAAGGUUGGCACGAAGAAGGUGCUCACUUUCAAAAGAAAGGAGGACUUCUCGCUCUUCUUGGAUUACAAGAACCCCGUUGCCCCUGGCUUCCCCACGCGCAUGUUGGAGGUUGACCUUGGAAAUGUUACAGAAGCCAUCGCUAAUUUGACUGAGCGGGGAGCCACCGAUCCUGUGGUUAAAGCCACACUUACUCUCUCUGAAUCUGGAUUUGUUUCUGUUACCGACGCAAUUGCAUUCGGAGAGAUCAAGGACGAGAGUCUUACUGGUAAACUAAAAGGACUCUUCGGAGGAGGGAGCUCCUCGAGCGAUGAGGCUACACAAUCUGCUGAAAAUGUUCCCCCUCGCGACUCUGACACUGCCUCUCCGUCGUCUUCUGCGGCUGCAGAGACUCCUUCAUCGUCAGCAGCUGCCGAAAAGGACAAGAAACCUGCCGUCCCUGUAGAAAACACUAUUCCCUUAACUAUUUCAGUUAGAUUUACGACGAUACCACCCAUGACCGUAGACGAAAAGAAAAAGGCGCGCGGAAGACUACGUGCUAUCGACCUCGAAGAGUCGGCCAAGAGCCGCCGCGAAGAGGCCAGGAACACGUUCGAGAGCUAUCUCUAUAGACUGCGCGACCUCCUGAACGACGAGAGCGCCGACACCCCAUUCAAGAAGUGCUCGCAGAGUAGCGAGAGGCAGGCCAUCUCUGAGAAACUCGACGAGAGCUUCGCGUGGCUGUUUGACCGAGGUGAUCUCGCCGAGACUUCACAGUUUUUGGAUAAGAGGAUUGCUCUUGAAACCCUAGAGAAGCCUAUCAUCCACCGAUACCAGGAGAUCGAAGCCUUCCCCCAGGCACUCAACAACUCCCAGAUGUGGAACUGGAGCACGCGUCUGUUCCUCCAAGAGGCACGGGCCAACCUCACAGCAGAGCUCGCCGCCGACCUUCCCUCCAAAUGGACCAAAGACGAGCUCGACGGCCUCGAGAAGACGCUGCGUGAGCAUGAGGCCUGGCUGAGCGAGUGGGUCGAGAAGCAAAAGUCGGUCAAGUCCAAUGAGGACCCGGUGAUUGAGACGACGGAGAUGAAGGCGCGCGCCAAGGUUCUGGAGACGCACUUGCAAAAGCUGUGGAAGCGUAAGGUUCCAAAAGUUAUCAAGAAGAAGCCCAAACCGACUGCGACGACGUCGGCUGAGACGCCCGUCGAAACGGAUGGUGCUGCGGGUGAGGAAGAAAAUGGCGAGGAGGCGCCGUUUAAUGAGGGUGCAGGCGAGGAGGAUCAGGUUCCAUUGCAGGAGGAUGACAGACCUCAUGAUGAGCUUUAA